AUGCCCCGCAGGGGCGGCCCCCCGCAGAAGCGCGCCAUCCCGCACGUCGCCAGGGUCCUCGCCGUCGCCAGCGGCAAGGGCGGCGUCGGCAAGAGCACCGUCGCAGUGAACCUCGCCUUCGCGCUCGCCAUGCACCGCGACCCCGCGCGCCCGGACGCCCGCCCGCGCGUCGGCAUCCUCGACCUCGACGUCUUCGGCCCGUCCGUCCCCACGCUCAUGGGCCUCGCCGCCGCCGAUGAGCCGCGCCUCACCCCAGCCGGCGCGCUCGUCCCCCUCGUGAACCACGGCCUGCCGUGCAUGUCCAUGGGCUUCCUCCUCCCGCGCGCGCCCGCGUCCGGCAGCAGCGCCGACACGCCCGUCGUCUGGCGCGGGCUGAUGGUCCAGAAGGCCGUGCAGCAGCUCCUGUUUGACGUCGACUGGCGCAGCGGCAGCGGCGACGGAGCAGGCAGCGGCCCCGGCCUCGACGUCCUCGUGCUGGACAUGCCGCCCGGCACGGGCGACGUGCCGCUCACGCUCGGCCAGCUCGUCAACGUCGACGGCGCCGUCAUCGUGUCCACCCCGCAGGACGUCGCGCUCGCCGACGUGCGCAAGGGCGUCGCCAUGUUCCAAAAAUUGUCCGUGCCCAUCACCGGCCUCCUGCUGAACCAGGCGCACUUCAUCUGCCCCACGUGCACGACGCCACACGCGCUGUUCGGCCCGCCCGAGGCGUUCCGCGCGGUCGCUGCGCGCGCGGGCGUGCCCGUGCUCGGCGAGCUCCCGCUCGUCCCCGGCGUGAGCGCGGGCAGCGACCGCGGCGUGCCGUUCGCGCUGCUCGGCGACGUCAACGCGGACGCGGGCGGCGCGCGGGAGUGGCGCGACACGAUGCGCGCGGUUGCCGCGCAAGUGUGGCGCACUCUGGCGUGA